AUGCAUGAUCAAUAUGGUCCUCUUGUUCGCAUUGCUCCCGAUGAGGUCUGUUCGGCCAAUCCCACCGAGAUACCGAUCAUCUAUCGCAUGCAAAAGCCGUUGGAGAAGACGGUUUGGUACCUCCCAUGGCGUGCAGUGCCUCAGUUCCACGAGCGCCCGGACAUGUUCACCACGUUGCUCAACAAAGACCAUGCAGCCUACAAGAAGAUUAUUGCCGGCGCCUUCACAAUGGGUAGCGUUCUGCGGAAUGAAGACCAUAUGGAUGAUUGUGUGCGUCUGUUCAUCAACCGUAUGGGAGAAUUCGCCGAUAAAGAAGAGAGCUUCGACUUUGGACUGUACGCAUUCGAUAUCAUCGGCACUGUGUUCUUUGGGAAACAAUUCGGCUUCAUGGAAAAUCGUCAUGAUCAUGGUAAAUACAUUGAGUCUGUUCAUUUGGCCAGUAAGUAUCUUUCAGAUUACAACGAUUUUGCGCCCAAAUCGUCCAUGCUGGAGUCAACUACUGACGUUGCAAUCUCAUAUUCAGUGCCUUUUCUCUCAGUUAUCACUAUGACCCCAACCUACUUACGCUAUCCCGUAAUGGCGUCUGCUGUCGCUGUUCCAAAACUUCUGAAAGCUGUAAUUGCAGUAGACGGCAUCAGGGCCAUUGCCAUUCAGAACACAAAGGAACAGAUGAAGGCUGCUGAAGAAGCCACUUCCAAGCGCCAUGAUAUCCUUUCUCAGCUACUCACGAUUGUGCACGAAAAAGGAGAGAAAGUCAACUUCACAGAGCACAACGUCAUGGCAGAGAUGCAUGUCGGAAUCACGUCCAUCCUACUUCGUUCUAUUUUCUACUACAUGAUGAAGAACCCUGAGACCAUGGCCAAGGCCACUGCCGAGGUUGACGAAGCUUUCGCUUCCGGGAAGCUCAGCUGGCCUCCUCAACACCAAGAGGUUGUCGCGUCUUGCCCUUAUGUCUGCGCCGUCAUCAAGGAAGCCUCCAGAAUAUUCCCCAGUUUUGCCGUCCAAAUACAGAGAUACUCACCACCCGAAGGCAUUAAGCUGUCAGGGCAGUUCAUCCCGCCUGGCUACCGAGUUGGAAUGAAUCCGCAUAUCGUACACAUGGACAAGGAAGUCUUCGGUCAAGAUGCCGAUGUUUUUAAGCCAGAGCGAUGGCUAGAGAGCGAAGAACGAUGCAAAGCCAUGGACAGGGCAUAUCUCGGAUUUGGGGUGGGAACCCGGCCAUGUGCUGGCAAAAACCUUGCGCUUGCUGAGAUUCACAAGCUUGUGCCUGCGAUGUUGCGCAACUUUAGCGUGGAAAUGGCCCACAAUCGGCCUUGGAAGAUACACAACGCCAGUUUCAUCGUGCAGACAGAUGUUAUCUGCAGGCUUAAGCGAAGGAACUAA